AUUGCCCUCAUCUGCCUGCGAGCCGGGCGCAAACACACAAGCGCUAUUUCCUUUCAUUGCACUUCAAUCUUUGGCCUUUUCAUGUCACGAGCGUUCGUUUGGUUUUUCUCAUUAACACGUUUUUGUUGAAGUGUAAGUAAGUAAAGAAAACAAAAACAAUCAAACGAAAGGGAUUUAUAUUCUGGGAUAUUUAAUACUAUAGUCGGAUGAUUGCGAGUGGAACCUGUCUGGAUGCGAAUUAAACACAAAUACCAUUUACACGUGAAUGUGAAAUUCAAAAUAACCAGAUUUAUGUAGGUUUAGAGAAUUUUUAGCCUCUUUUAGCGAUGUACCAGGUCCUGAAUCAGUUUGAUUCCAGUUAAAGAAUCUCUCAGGUUCCACAAACUUAUAGUUGUCUAGUUAUAUCGUUGUCUAGUUAUAUUGUUGUCUAGUUAUACAGUUGUCUAGUUAUAUAGAUGUCUAGUUAUAUAAGUGUCUAGUUAUAUAGUUGUCUGGUUAUACAGUUGUCUAGUUAUAUAGAUGUCUAGUUACAUAGCUGUCCAGUUAUAUAAGUGUCUAGUUAUAUAGUUGUCUAGUUAUAUAGCUGUCCAGUUAUAUAGUUGUCCAAAUAUACAGUUGUCUAGUUAUAUCGUUGUCUAGUUAUAUCGUCGUCUAGUUAUAUAGUUGUCUAGUUAUAUUGUUGUCUAGUUAUACAGUUGUCUAGUUAUAUAGAUGUCUAGUUAUAUAGCUGCCCAGUUAUAUAAGUGUCUAGUUAUAUAGUUGUCUAGUUAUAUAGCUGUCCAGUUAUAUAGUUGUCCAAUUAUACAGUUGUCUAGUUAUAUCUCUGUCUAGUUAUAUAGUCGUCUAGUUAUAUAGUUGUCUAGUUAUACAGUUGUCUAGUUAUAUAGAUGUCUAGUUAUAUAGCUGUCCAGUUAUAUAGUUGUCCAGUUAUAUAGUUGUCUAGUUAUACAGUUGUCUAGUUAUAUAGUUGUCCAGUUAUAUAGUUGUCUAGUUAUACAGUUGUCUAGUUAUAUAGAUGUCUAGUUAUAUAGUUGUCCAGUUAUAUAGUUGUCUAGUUAUGCAUUGUCUAGUUAUAUAGUUGUCUAGUUAUGUAGUUGUCUAGUUAUACAGUUGUCUAGUUAUUUAGUUGUCUAGUUAUAUAGUUCUCUGGUUAUAUAGUUCUGUAGUUAUAGUGGAAUUGGAAUAAUGGGAACUGAGCUGUAGCGCUGCUCUGUCUAUAAAUCAUUUCCCAGUCUCACAGCUAUUGGGAAGUGGCAUUUAACUAAACUGUGCGCGACUCUAGGUGCAACUUUGUGGCAUUCUGCUUCUCUGAUCGCCUGCUACAGUAGAGGAAGAGCCCCGUUUGGGAUCCACUCCCCUGGCCAUGUUGGCCGCCACCUGUAACAAGAUCGGCAGCCCCAGCCCUUCCCCGUCCUCCCUGUCUGACGCCUCGGCCUCAUUCGUGAAGGGCUUUCACCCAUGGAAACGCUCAUCCUCCGCUUCCAGCAGCUGCACUCUGGCUUCAGGAUCUCUCUCCGGCUUCAGCGUUGGGGGAUCGUCCAGAAGCGCAAACGGAUCUUCAUCCUCCAGCGCCGCAGCGGCGGCGGCUGCUGCAGCUGCGGCUGCCGCGGCGGCUGCCCUAGUUUCGGACUCUUUCAGCUAUGGCGGCUCUUCCGGGUCCAGCGCCUUCUCACUCACUUCUGGAGGAAACGGCGGUAGCGGAGGCUGCGGAGGGAGCAGCGGAUCAAUGUCAGCCGCCUCCCCUUUUGCUAACGAGUACUCUGUAUUCCCGGUAAGCGGGGGGUCGCAAGAGGCAGCGGCGGCAGCUGCAGCAGCUGCGGCAGCCGCUUCUCAUCAUCAGCCGGUGUUCCUGUCCAAGGUUCACGCUUCAGUAGACGGACUGCAGAGUAUUUACCCCCGGGUGGGAAUGGCGCACCCCUACGAGUCUUGGUUCAAACCCUCUCACCCCGGGGAAGUGAGUGCGGCCGGAGGGGCCUCCAGUUGGUGGGAAGUUGGAGCCGGCUGGAUCGAUGUGCAAAGUCCAGGGGCCGGUGCCGCUCUCCAUUCAGGAUCUCUGCAGGGCUCCCUGCACUCCCCUCUGGGGGGAUAUGGUACGGACUACGGCGCAGCCGGCCUGGGACACUUCAGUACUGGAGGCGGCGGUAGUGCAGGAAGCGGAGGGGGAGCGGCCGGGCCAGGGAGCGGUGGAGGAGGCCCGGCCAGUCACUUACUGAGCCCUGGAGGGCAGCACCUGAUGGAUGGAUUUAAACCUGUCAUUGGACCUUGUUCGUACCCUGACCCAUCCUCCUCCCCUUUAUCUGCGGGCUCCAUGCUGGCACCUACCGGGCCAUUGGGGGGGUCCCCGCGCUCCUCAGCUCGGCGCUACUCGGGCAGAGCCACCUGUGACUGCCCCAACUGCCAUGAAGCCGAGAGGCUGGGUCCCGCCGGGGCCAGUCUGAGAAGGAAAGGCUUGCACAGCUGUCACAUCCCAGGCUGCGGCAAAGUCUACGGUAAAACGUCGCAUCUAAAAGCGCACUUGCGCUGGCACACCGGGGAGCGGCCCUUUGUCUGCAACUGGCUUUUCUGCGGCAAGAGAUUCACUCGCUCAGACGAGCUGCAGAGGCACCUGCGCACCCACACCGGGGAGAAGCGCUUCGCCUGCCCUGUCUGCAACAAACGAUUCAUGCGCAGCGACCACCUCAGCAAACACGUCAAGACGCACAGUGCCGGGCCAGGAAGCGCAGGCUCCACGGGGCCAGGAAGCGGCAGCAAGAAGGGCAGCGACACCGACAGCGAACACAGCCCCUCCACCAGCCCCCCCUGCCACUCCCCGGACCUCCUGCACCCCCCUGACCGCAAUGGCUUAGAGUAAACCCCGGACACUCAGUGUAAGGCACGGACACGCCACUAACUCGCAUUGUCCCCCGCAGCUUGACUCUUUUCUUGCACAAAUGAGCCCCACUUAGCACAUCAAAAGUCGUUUGAAAGGAUUUGUCCAAAAAUGUGGAAGCUAAUUCCCCCCCUACUCCCUGCUUUGUUGAAGUGGACAAGAAGGUAACUAAUAAGGACAAGUGCUCUGAACUGGUGGUGGUGGGUGUGAGUGUGGGUGCUGCUGGGUGGCAGGGUGGGUGCCCAUUGCUGUGCCCACUGAACUGCUUGAUUCAUUUCCAGGCUUCCCUAGAACCCAGGUUUUAAUGGAGACUGGAAAUACUCCAGACAUUAAGUUCUUACAUUGUGUGUGGCCUGUGGAGCAAGUUCUGUGAAAUGGUUAAGCUGCGAUUCUGUCGCCCAAUAAAUUCCCUGUCCCAAGCAGGAGCAGCUAUAGUGAUUGUUGGCAUUAGUCAAAACAGAAACGUCCCAUGUAAAAUGCACUUCAUUCUUCAGCGAGAGAAACCUGUAAAUACUUUCCCCAGUAGCUUCACUCUUUAACCCUGUGAGUGCCAGAGGUAGCUGCUCAAUGAUACUGUCCGGCCUUGGGCAGCUGAUACAUUUCCAUUUGAGUUAAGAAUUUUACUCCUUUCUGUCUCUGUUCAGACACACUGGGAUGUUCCUAAAUAGGACUAAAAAAUGUUGUUUGACUGGUCAUUCAAUUUUCCUUCUGUCGGCCCCAUUCAUAUCCAAACUGAGAAUGUCCCCUUUUAUUAUCACACUUCCCAUUUGUUCAGGCUCACACCUACAGUAAUUCGUUUUUUUUUUGGUUAACAUUUUGGAAAAAUAAUUACCCCCCCCCCCCUUCCCAGUUUCUUUGUCCUGGGCACAGAUUUUUAUUUUGUGCAAGUUCUAGCCCAGCAAACGGUUCUAUCAAAUUAAAUUAUAAAGAAUGAGCAAAGGAAAUAAUCUAAUAGCUGUGGAAAUUCGUUUCUUUUAAAGGCUUCCGACAAAACGUGAGAUGAAUUGUGGAGGCCACGUGUAUAGUAUUUUUCUUGUACAUAAAUCGCAGUAAAUAUUUGAAAACAAAUUAUAUAUAUAUAUAUAUAUAAAGAAGAGCAACAGUUUUCUUUUUGUCACACCAACAACAACGAAAUACAUCGAGUUAUCGUUACAGCUAACUGAAGGUUUUUUAAGGAGGGGUUAAAUUGUCCCUUGAAGUGUUUUUGAGACAAAAAAGGCAUUUUUAGUUUUGCUUGAAUAUGAAUUUAGAUAGGAAUUGGGGGGAAAAUGCCAAGCGAUGUUGAUUAAUGUUGAAUGCCAUUUUAUUUAAUGGAGCAUGUUCUUUGCAAAAUUCUGGUAGAGCUAAACAGUCCUCCUCUGAUUUCAUUACAAGUGAGUACCCCAAACACUCACAUUUUAAUUAUACUGUAGGUGGCCUGUGUAUUUCUUGAAAACAUUAAAAAAAAUAAAAUAAAAUAACAAUGAUAAAAAAAAUGAAUGUUUGAUAGCCUCUGACAGGAAGAUAUUCAUAGUUUGCAGAAGCUGCAGACUUUUUUUUUCUCUUCUUGUAAUGUUGAAAUAAUUUGGAUAUUUCACAUUGAAAUGAACAAAAAAAAAGCCUUUCGCUGGGACGUUUUAGAUUGCAUUAUAAAUGCAUGAAAUGUAAUUGGUUUUAUUUGUAAUAUUUUAAAAUAAUGGUAUUAAUAAACUCUGGAAAAAAAAGAA